AUGGAAGCCUCCUUGACGUCCAGACCAUCCAGACCGCCACUGGCGCAGAGCGCGCCCCGCACUUGUGCCACUGCCAUUGGGUGGCCGAGGCAAUUGCCUUCGCAGCUGCUGCUCCCCGCCUGCGUCACUUUGGCCGGAUGUGUGGUCCGGGCGAGGAAGCCGCUGAAGCCAGUGCGACAAAGCCGGCAGACCACGACGAGCAUUGCCCGUGCCGCUCGUGCUGUCAGCGUCGUGGUGGAGAACUCCGCAAGGCAAGAGCUGGCGGACUGCGACGCUCAAUGGAUGGAGAAGCUGCUGCAGGAGAGGGCUGCGGAAAUCCUUUUCAAUGGCGUGGAGCGGACCGAGCCCGCACCCGAAGAAGGGCUGAUCUAUCUGUACUUUCCCUCUUUGGACAUCGGGCCCUACAGCUCCCAGGUGCGCAUGACCUGCAGGAUCAAUCUGGAUAAUCCACAGAGAGCUGAAGUGCAGGUCCUUGAGAUCAACCCAGGUCUGAAGAACAAGAGCACGGGUAGUGUGGAGUACCAGAAGGAUUUGGACAAGCUUCUUGAGGCCAACGCUGAGAUCGUGCUUCGAUGGCAAGAUGAUCCGCGCUCCAAGGGACUGCGUAUUGUCCAGCAGGCUCUGCAGCGCUUCAAGUAUUACUUGCCUAUAUGGUUCCCGGUACCCGACUCUGUGACUGAAGCCGUUCUGAGGACCUUUAUCACCGGGGCCAUCAAAGCCGGGCAGGACGAGGUCUUCAGGGCCCUGAAGAAGGAAGCAGAGGCGAAGCAGCAGGCCUGA